AUGACAGCACCACAGAAGGAAAUCACGAUAAUAGGCGGUGGCAUCAUCGGUUGUAGCACGGCCUACUUCCUCACCCGGCACGCUUUUUACUCAGCAGCCACGCAUCGCAUCACCCUCCUCGAGGCAUCAUCAAGCAAUGCAGGUGGCGGCGCGAGCGGCAAGGCUGGCGGUCUGCUUGCCCUCUGGGCUUUCCCCCAAAACAUCGUGCCCUUGAGUUUCAAGCUGCAUCAAGAACUUGCGAAGGAGCAUGACGGGGAGAAGCGAUGGGGUUAUCGACGGUGUUGGGCUAGCCAGGUGGAUUGCAAGGCGCGAGUUCCUCCUGGUUUGGGAGCUGGAUAUGCACAAGCAGGCGGUGUACCAACAGCAACAGCGGGAGCGCAUGCGGAACCGUCAAAGGGCUUGCAUAAAGAUCACAAGAUGGACUCCAAAGCACUACGGAAGCUAGGCGCGCCCGACGACUUGGACUGGCUCGACACGGUGCACUCACUCCGCGGUUACGACAAUAUGGGCACCCCCGACGACACUGCGCAAGUGCACCCCGAGCUAUUCACACGAAGCAUGGCGCAGCUCGCCGAGGAAGCGGGGGUCACCAUCAUCACGGGCGCAAGAGUUACAUCUAUCAACAAGGACACCGACGGCAAGUCUAUACGAAGUGUGACUUACGAAAAAGACGGCCAAGAGAAAACUCUCCCAACGACGGACUGCAUCGUUGCCGCCGGCCCCUGGACUUCGCGUCUACUACCCCAGAUCCCCGUCACCUCCUCCCGCGCCCACAGCGUCGUCAUCAAAUCCCCUCAUCCCUUGUCGGCGUACGCGCUGUUCACAGCUAUUUCACUCCCUGCUGGAUUUCCCACCCCGACGGCAAGCAAGGCGCGGGGCGCAGCCGCGGCCCACGCUGUUCCGCUGAAGAGAGGACAGUCGGUAGAGCCGGAGAUUUAUGCGAGGCCUGACGGGACGGCGUAUGCGUGUGGGCCGACUGACGAUACGGUGCCAUUGCCCUUGACGAAUGCCGAGGUGGAGGUUGGUGAGGCGAGGUGUGAUGAUAUCAUUUACCAGGUGAGCGGGAUCAGCGAUGAGUUGGGGAGAGAUGGACAGGUGCUGGCGAAGCAGGCGUGCUACCUACCGCAGGGAGGUCCGUUCAUUGGGGAGGUUGGUGGGGUGAAAGGUUUGGUGGUUGCAGCUGGGCAUACUUGCUGGGGUAUACAGAAUGCGCCUGGCACGGGAAAGCUUGUGAGUGAACUCGUCUUGGAGGGGAGGACGAAGAGUGCGAAGUUAGGAAGUUGUGAUCCGUCUAGGUUUAUGUGA